AUGUGCAAACGAAUCGAUAUGCACCAGAGUCACGUUGCCGUUUCACCAAAGGACGAUCUUAUAGAAGAAAUUGGAGGAAAAGAACAGUACGAUUUUCUCAUUCUUUCCUUCUGCGAAAAGAUCCAAGAGGAAAGUGAACUGGAGGAAAUCUUCUGUCAUCUUGACACUGAAGUUCUUGCAUCCCGCAUGAAUAGUCUUGUCGAUGUCGCCUUUGCCCUGACAGAGUCUCGAUGUCAAGACGAAAAGUUGCGAAACGAUGUCCUCCUCAAGAACUACUCGCUCCUCGAACUGGGAUUAUAUGCCAGCCAUUUUGAGAUCUUGCAACAAAUGUUUGAAGCCGCCCUUCAUGAAUCCUGGAUCGAAGCUGAAGCCUUUGAUCGAUGCAAGACACGCUUCGAAAUGCUGCGCAACAUUAUUGCAGAAGAUGGUGUUGGUAUGGAAGAAAUCGCUCUAUCCCAUCGAGUCGCUGAAGUCCGGAUCCUAGCUGCCAAGAGUGCUUGA